GGAUGAGAGAGCUGCUCUUCCAGUCUCAGGACAGUUCUGAUGCAACCUCCAAAAGGCAUCCGCCUCGCUCCAAGGACCCCAGAGCCACGGGGGUGAUCCCGUAUCUUGGAGUCUUCCUCACAGACCUGGUCAUGCUGGAUUCUGCCAUCCGAGAUCAGCUGGAGAACGGAUAUCUUAACUUUGAGAAGAGAAGAAAGGUGAGUGCGGAACAUGAACAAUAUCACAUUAUCACGGGCAAUAGCAUGUUUACUACAGUAGUCACAAGACGGAUACUACGAAUGUUCAUUCAUGUUGCCAACUUA